AUGUCUAAUUGUCGUGGGGAACACGAACAUGGUGGCCAUCAUCAUGACCAUGAACAUGACCACACGGACGAGAUAGUGCCCACUAUGCAUCACAGCUUAUACCAACAUAUCAUCUUCGACCAAAUCACCACGUUGAACGAGACGCAUAAGGAUUCCGGCAGAAAAAUCAUCGAGAAGACAUGGGCUGAGAGUGACCAGCUGCUCCCGGAGCUCAAGAGCGACGCCGAUGAGCAGGUUAUUAUAAACGUACCAUUCACCGGCCAAGUCAAGCUGCACACAAUCCUGAUACGCUCACCUCCUGACUCCAGCGCGCCGCGCACGCUCAAAGUCUUCAUAAACCGGGAAGACGUAGACUUCGACGUGGCCGAGGAAAUGAGGCCUACGCAGACGUUCGAGCUGUCGCAAUUCAACGGCGUGCAAGAACUGUCUGUUCGCCGGGCUCUGUUCGGCAAUGUGCGCCGGCUAGCUCUGUUCUUCGAGGACAACUUUGGCGACGAUUCCACGCGAAUCUCGUAUCUGGGCUUCAAGGGAGAUUGGAUACCGGUCGGGCGUGCGCCCGUAAAUAUCCUGUACGAGUCCGCGCCGAACCCAAAUGAUCACCGGAUAAUGGUGAUAUUAUCCUUCUUGUUGCCCUCGAUGGAGUUGGCCUUGGUAAGCUGCGCUAGGUCUGUCACCAAGUCCUGCGCGACAAUGGCAUCUCGACUGCCAGCCCGCUGGGCAGCCUCCCUCACCAAGAGUUGCUUGCUGAGCAACACCCGAGUCCUUAUUACCGAGCGCCACACACUCCUCCCUCGAACUGCUAAGCGCGGUGUCAAGUAUGGCUGGUCGACAGCCAACCCGCGCACAAAACCCACGCGCUUCAAUCAACAGAGCGCCGGUCUGCCCGCGCCCACGACGGGCCCCGCAGCGGCCCUAGAGCGCAAGGCGAUGUCGACGCCCCUGCGGACGGGUAUCCUGGCUACCAAGAAGGGCGUCUCGGCCAUGUACAGCGCGAACGGCAAGCGCACACCUUGCACAAUCCUGCAGAUGGACCAAGUACAAGUCGUCGCUGUGAAGACCCGCGCCAAGAAUGGUUACUGGGCUCUCCAGAUAGGCUGUGGUCAGAAGGAGGCCGAUAACGUCACUGCACCGCAACUCGGCUACUUCGAGGCUAAGGGCAUUGCACCCAAGCGCCACCUCUCCGAGUUCAAGGUGCGCGGCGAGGAGGGACUGCUACCCGUCGGCGUGCAGCUGCAACCGGAUUGGUUUAAGGUCGGCCAGUUCGUCGAUGCUAGGAGUGAUAGUCGAGGUAUGGGUUUUGCGGGUGGUAUGAAGAGGCACGGCUUCGCUGGUCAGGAGGCCAGUCACGGUAACUCCAAGAAUCACAGGACGAUCGGUACGUCGGGUCCCAGUCAAGGCGGUGGUUCCCGUGUGCACCCGGGCAAGAAGAUGCCGGGGCGUAUGGGUGGCGAGAGAGUCACCAUUCAAAACCUGAGAGUGCUGAAGGUAGACAACGAGACGGGCAUCGUGGUGGUAAACGGGCACGUGGCGGGGCCUAAGGGCUGCAUAGUGAAGUUAGCCGACGCUGUCAAGAAGUCGCCGCCAGCUGAGACGUUCAUCGAGAAGGCUAGGAGGUUGAUGUUGGAGCGGAAUCCAGACCACGAGACGCAGUUGCAAGUCGCGCGGGAAACACAUCUAAACCUAAAGGAGAUGAGGAAGGCGGGCAAGCUAGGAGAUGCUGUGGCGUUGGCGGCCGCAUUGUAG